AUGGAACCGGUGAGCGCAGUAUCCACCUUCGUUGGCCUUACUGUAGCCGCUGGGAAGAUCUGCGAAGUCCUCAAACCGAUCGUGGAAAACAUCAAGGAUGUCCCUCGUUUUAUUUCAUCCGCGGCUGUGGAGGUUGCUGACUUCCAUAGCGCUCUUACAUCCCUUCAAUCCAUAUUUUCGGGAUACAAUUUUAGGAAAAUAUCAAUCAUUUCGGUCGUAGCCCUACCCUUACUCCCUAGUGAAGUCAUCCUCCUCGAGCGUCACGCUUCUGGAAUCUCUGUAGUCCCCGGUGAUGACGGUCCUAUACCGAGAGUGAGGUCCCAAUGGACGGCGUCUACGAUGGAGUCAUCCACACUUGUAACGAAUGCGGAGGGAUUUUGGAAGAAGGGCGGGAUGGAAAUCGAUGGCACGCCCGUUUCUUUAAGAGUAGCAGAUGUAAAAGACGACUAGAGUCCGAUUCGCACUUAUCAUUCCAUCCAGAUGGGGACCUUAUCUGCAACAUUGCACAUAUUUCUGCCACUCGUGUGGGAACAAAAUUAAAGACCUAUAAAUUGUCACCCUGGAUCACGUAUAUAGU